AUGGGCACCGAGGCCGUCUAUGACCCCUUUGAGGGCGUGCGUGGCUUCCGGUAUUCGGGUGAUGUGCAUGCUCAGUAUCCAUUGAGCCCCAAAACCAAGAUGCCUGCGCAUAUCCGCCGCCCUAACUAUGGACGUGAGGCUCUCUUUCCCUCGCGCAGGAUCCGCGUGAACAAUGAAGAAGAGCAAGCAGGUGUGCGAACCGCUGCGAAGCUCGCGCGCGAAUCCCUCGACCUGAUUGCCGCGAUGGUUCGACCUGGCAUCACGACGGAUCAGCUUGACGAGGCUCUCGUGCAGGCUGCGACCGAGCGCAAGUGCUACCCCAGUCCGCUGGGAUACCACGGCUACCCAAAGAGCGUGUGCACGUCAGUCAAUGAGGUCAUCUGCCAUGGUAUCCCUGACCAGCGUCCCCUGCGUGAUGGUGAUAUUAUUAAUUUGGAUGUGACCUUGUACCACAAUGGCUUUCAUGGCGACCUGAAUGCCACGUAUCCUGUGGGAGACAAGGCUCGUUCGAGUGAGCCGCUGAUGCGGCUGAUUCGCACGGCGCGCGAGUGCCUCGAUGCCGCGAUUGCCAUUUGUGGGCCUGGCAUGCCGUAUGCAGAGAUUGGCCGGGUCAUUCAGCCGAUCGCAGAGGCCAAUGGAUGCUGUGUCGUCAAAGGCUAUACGGGCCACGGCAUCGGACGGGUGUUCCAUGGGCCGCCGCCUGUCUAUCAUCAUCCUACGAAAAAGUCAUACGGGAUCAUGCAGCCAGGACAUAUCUUUACCAUCGAACCCAUGCUCAAUCUCGGCACAGAGUGGCGUGAUCUCGAGUGGCCAGACCGGUGGACGGUCGCGACCGUCGACGGCGCGCCCUCCGCCGCCGCCGAGGAAACGCUCCUCAUCACGCCGACCGGCGUCGAGAUUCUUACCGCCCAAGGCGGCGCCCGAACGCUCGACACGACCGAGGCGCGUCAGCGCCACUGGGACGCCCAGGUGGUCCCGUAG